GAGACGGAGCAGGCUCUGCGCCUGAGCGUGGAGGCCGACAUCAAUGGCCUGCGCAGAGUCCUGGAUGAGCUCACCCUGGCCAGAGCUGACCUGGAGAUGCAGAUUGAGAACCUGAAGGAGGAGCUGGCCUACCUCAAGAAGAACCACGAGGAGGAAAUGAAUGCCCUGCGCGGGCAGGUGGGUGGAGAGAUCAGCGUGGAGAUGGAUGCUGCUCCUGGAAUUGACCUCACCAAGAUCCUGGCUGACAUGAGGGAGCAGUACGAGAGCCUGGCGGACAAGAACCGCAGGGACGCCGAGCAGUGGUUCUUCAGCAAGACGGAAGAGCUGAACCGGGAGGUGGCCAUCAACACGGAGCAGCUUCAGAGCGGCAAGACGGAGAUCACAGAGCUACGACGCACCAUCCAGAGCCUGGAGAUUGACCUGCAGUCCCAGCUCAGCACGAAAGCGGCGUUGGAGGGCACCUUGGCCGACACAGAAGCCCGUUACGGCACCCAGCUGGCCCAGCUCCAGGGGCUGAUCACCAGCGUGGAGGAGCAGCUGGCCGAGCUGCGGUGCGACAUGGAGCGCCAGAACCACGAGUACAGGGUCCUCCUGGACGUCAAAUGCCGCCUGGAGCAGGAGAUCGCCACGUACCGCCGGCUCCUGGAGGGCGAGGAUGCCCAGUAA